GCAGCAUGAACAAGCGAGUAAGCGAUCAAGGGAAAGAGAGCGAGAGAGAGAGCGAGAGAGAGAGGGAAAGAGAGCAAGAACUCUGAAUUGUGAGUGGCUUACGACACUCAGUGAACAGAAGGUGCUUCUGCAUGCUCUGUCAGUGCACUGGUCUGCUGCAAGGGAUUGCGCGCUCCUAUGGUUCCCACAUUUACCGCCCUGCCUGCCUACCAGUACCAGCCCUCAGCAGUCUCUUCCAGCUGGCUGAGAAAACAACCGGAGAGGAAGGGAAUGAACAAAACCGGCGAGCUACAGGGAAUACAAGCGGCUUCUUAACCACGAUGAGCCAUUGAGAUGACAAGGAAUACUGUUACACAAGAAAACAAUGAACAGGGUUCACCUCUUAAAUCCUCUUUUUUUUUCCUCUCUUGCAUCCAUCACUGAAAGCACGAUUACUCGCUUGAAUGGAUUUAAACAUUACAAGGCAGUGAUUGCUUCUAAUGGACAAUAACAUGUGUUGACAGAUCUGCUGAAACUUAAGCAGGAACGGGAGAAGAACAGAAAACAGGAGCUAUUUGAAAAGAUCUUUCCUCGUUCCAUUUUUUUUUUUCCUCCUUUCGCUGCUUGUCUCUUCUCUCCUCUGAUCAUUGCAGCAGAGGACUGCGGAGGAGCUAAAGAGACAGAGCUCAUGCAUACAGACAGGGGAACUUGCACUUCCUACCAUCUCGCUGAAAGCUACUUGAAUUCCUUCUCUUUCUGGCUCUUUCACUUGAGGAGAACUAAGACAUUGUAAGCCUGCCAAGGAUCUGGUGUCCACUGAAAAGGGAGACGGGAGGGGGGAGAAUUUGUACCACAGUGGGGUCUUUUUUAGAUUCGCACAUAAUUAGUGUUGGGGCACAAAGCGAGAGGCUGAAUGGAGAUUGUCAGCUUUUGGAUAGGGGUGAGUAGGAAUCUUUUCAAAUAAGAGUGAGAACUUGUUUUCACCUGUCUACUAUCCACCGACUGCUUGAUAUCUAAUAUAAGCACAGAGACUUUUCCUCUAUCCUUUGAUUUUUUUUUCCAAGGAUUUCCUUGUUUGACAAAAUAAAACAAAAACAGAGUACUUCUACCUACAGCUACAAUACAAAACCUUAUUGAAGGGGAUAUAAAUUAUUUAAAUAAGACGUGAUGAUAAAUACGGUGUGGAGGUGAAGAAACAAUAUCCAGAGUGGUUCAAUGGACAUUUUCUCAGUGACAUCCCUGGAUAUUUAUGCUAAUGGAUUUCCUUCUAAUUGGUCUGUACUUAAAGUGGCCACUGAAGAAGCCCCCUGGGUUGAUACUGUGUUCACUGGGCAUUUUUUUAAGAAUGAUCCCUUUGGUAGAGGGGGUUUGUCCGAGGCUGUGCCGCUGCGACAGCAAGCUGCUGUACUGCGAGGGGCUCAACCUCACAGACAUUCCCCGCAAUCUGAGCAGUGCCAUGGGCCUGUCCAUGAGAGAGAACAACUUGACCGAGCUGCGUGAAGGCCAACUGGCUAGUUUGUCACAGCUCACCUGGCUCUAUUUAGAUCACAACAACAUUGACAUUGUAGAGGAGGCGGCAUUUGAAAAGCUGAGACGAGUGAAGGAGUUGGACCUGAGCAGUAACCGGAUUGAGAGUCUACCAAAUGGUACCUUUAGGCCCCUCCCAAAUCUGCGUAUUCUGGACCUCUCAUACAACAGGCUGCAGGCGCUUGAGCCCGACCUGUUCCACAGCCUUAGAAAGCUCACCAAUUUGCAUUUACGCUACAAUGCUCUCAAAUUUGUGCCAGUGCGGAUUUUUCAAGACUGUCGGAGCUUGCAGUUUUUGGACUUGGGAUACAACCAACUGCAGAGCCUGGCUCGAAACUCCUUUGCUGGUCUCUUCAAGUUGACUGAGUUGCACCUUGAGCACAAUGAGUUGGUUAAAGUGAACCUUGCCCACUUCCCUCGCUUAAUCUCUUUACGUACUCUGUACAUGCACAACAAUCGUGCUACAAUUGUUGUCAAUACCCUGGACUGGACAUGGCAUUUUUUAGAGAAGAUUGAUCUGUCAGCUAAUGAAAUCGAGUACAUUGAGCCACAUGUUUUUGAGAGUACACCCAACCUCAAGGUGCUAAUGCUAGACUCCAAUCGUUUGACGGCUGUGGACCAGCGCACCCUGGAUUCAUGGUCAUCUCUGGACAGCAUCACCCUGGCAGGGAAUGACUGGGAGUGCAGUCGCAACGUGUGUGCCUUGGCCUCUUGGCUGAGUGCCUUCAGAGGCCAGCGUGACAGUUCCCUGCUGUGUUCAAGCCCCGAUUCUGCACAAGGAGAGGAUGUGUUGGAUGCUGUUUAUGCUUUUCAGCUGUGUGAUGAUCCCCCAGUGGAGGCAACUGCAGCAGGUCUGUACACCUCAACAAGGGAUCUGGCCCAGGGUGGCUCUGUGUUCCUGGGCCCUUUUACUCCCAACCCUUAUGAAGGUGAGGGGAGUGAAGUGGUCACAAGUUCCUUCACUGUCACAGUGGGCCACGAUGACCUGGAGAGCACCAUGCAGAUUCAUAAGGUGGUGACCGGCACCAUGGCACUCAUCUUCUCCUUUCUCAUCAUAGUGCUCAUGCUUUAUGUAGCAUGGAAGUGCUUUCCAGCCGGAAUAAGGCAACUGAGGCAGUGCUUCAGCAGUCAGCGUCGUAAGCAGAAGCAAAAGCAAAGUAUGCAGCAGAUGGCUGCAAUUUCAACUCCGGAGUACUAUGUCGACUAUAAACCUAACCACAUUGAGGGAGCUCUGGUGAUCAUCAAUGAAUAUGGCUCUUGCACUUGCCAACAGCAACCUUCUCGGGAAUGUGAGGUGUGACCCUACUUUGUGAGUAAAUCCUUUCCUGCAUUUGUCUGGAUAUACAAUAAAGCCCCUUCUUUUGGAUACACUGGGGGAAAGGAAUAUUAUGGGAUUGAUGGAUUAAAGGGAACUUUUGGACAGUUUUUACACAGCAUCUCACUGUGAUAUAGAAGGAGUGUGCUUCAUGCUGCUUGACUAUUUCAAGGUGGAUUUACUGCUACUGCUGUACUCUCCCAAUUUGAGACUACAGGGCAUAACAUGCACCUGACUCUUGGACCUGUUGACGUUCAACAGAAAGGAGAGGAAUUCAUUAAGAGCAAUGAGGCUUUUUCUUCUCACGGAUUGAUAACUGAGCUUUAAUGUGUGUUUCUACUUCAGGACAUUUGAUUAUUGUUUCAAAAUCAGUUGGGGACACAUACAAGAAAAAGACAAAGGAAAAAAAAAAUAUUUGUAUUAUGUAAAGAGAGUAUUUGACAAGCAUCUAAAAUAUAUAUAGAAAAAACACGUUUAAGUUGAAAUAAAACUGUAAAAAUAAAAGUCUGUGUAAAAUAUGUUAAAAGAAGAAGUGCAAGUGUGGACAAAAAUGAUACAAGCUAAUCUAUUUCUUUUUUGUAAACUACAAAAAAAAUGUUUAAAUAAAUGAAUUGCUAUUCACUAAACUCAUUUGUAUGUGAGAAGCCUGUCAGAGAGGAUGAGUGACAAUAGAUGCAGUCUUUGCGCUCAUGGACUGGAGAGCCAUGUCACUGCAGUGUAUUGAACCAAAAAAAAAGGGAAUACAAAAAAAAAGAAAAGAGAGAAAGGGCCAAGAGAAUAUCUGCAUCUCAUCUCCAAUGUAAACUCCAUGAUCUGAAUUUUCAAUCUCUUCUCUGUUUUAACUUUCAUAUUUGUUGUUUUAUCAUUCACUGUGUUGGCUUGCUAUCAAUGUAGUUUCCCCCCUUCCCACUGCCUGUGUGUGAAACGAUUCAAAUGAUCUAUUUCAUCUUAAUCAGUAAGCAUAUUUUCAUAUUAUUAUAUCAUUAUUUGUGUACCAUCCAAGUAAAGAAAACAGAGUUUUAAAGA